CAUAAACUUUGCAGGAAGGAAAGAGGUGGAAAGAGAGAAGUGGUGCAAUCUGAAGCUAAACACGAUGGACUGUCUUUGUCCAUGGACAUAUGGACUAGAAGGGCAGUUGUCUGAAGGACAGGCAGUUCUGGGUUUCGAAGGCGAACUGUCGGUUGUGAAGUGCGCACAGUCGACUCGGUUUGUCAUUCAGCGAUGGACUCGGCCUCCAGGCCUCAGUGGCGACCCCUUCCGCCAAAGUUUGCUGCCAGACAAGGGGAGGCGAGUAUGUGAACGCAGGGCAAGAGGGAAAUAAUUCUUUCAUUUCGGUUUUUUUUUACGCACGCGGUUUACGCCGCCACCGCCGGCAUCAUCAGCCACUUGACACAGAACUGAGAACAUGUCCCUGACUCCAGAAUGAGGAGUUUGGAGAACCCUGACUUCUGUGUUUGUUUGCGCCGCCAUUGCACCUCGCCGUGACCGUCCACUGACCACAGGCUCCAUGCAGGGCAGUUGUCUGUCUCAAGAUCAGUUGUCUGUCUCAAGAUGGUAAUUACAGCCUCCACUUUCCACGGACAAUAACCUUCUUUUGGUAGCACUGCCACUGGUGACACCAUAUCGUGGUCAGGAAGGUUCUCUGGCUGCUGGUUCAUGCUGGUCUCUUGUUUUUAAUUCGUGAUUCGAGUUUCGACCUGAACACCCGUGAGCUAUGCAACCGGCCAGGCGCUCUGUCAUCAAUGUUAUCAUCCUUGUCUUCUUUUGCAAGGUGUUAAGACAGGUGACAAGCACAGGUGUGAUAGAGACACGGUUCAUUGACUUUGAAAAUGCUGAGGGCAAGCAAGUCAACGGAAAGUGCUGCGACCCCGGGUGGUGGUGGUCCAGGUCAUGUACCACGCCGUGCGACCACAGAUUCCACAUCUGCAUGAGCAACAUCACAGAGUCCAGCAGUAUAGACGCCUGUGAGUUCGGGCGCCAGAAGUCUAGUCCGAUGACCGAAAACCACAUCGUGUUCAACGGAAAUAUCGGAAACCUUUCCAACCCUCUGCACUUUCCCUUCAACACCUGGCCUGGUGUUGUGAAACUGAAGGUGGAUGUCCAGGAUGAGGACAGCGAUGGAUACGAUCAGGUGGAUCACUACGAGUACCAGUACGCGGCCAACUUGCUCACUCGAGAGCUGGACGCCCCCACCAAGACCCUGCGGCUGUCAGGAUCGAAAACCAAGCUCAACCUGGAGAUGAAGGUGUUUUGUGACGUGAACUACUACGGGCCUCAGUGUGCUGUUCACUGUGUAGCUGCUGAUGAUGAUUCUGGCCACUACACCUGCGACCCCAUCACCGGCCAGCGAAUCUGCCGCUUCGGGUGGGAAGGCGACGACUGUCUCACCGACGUCGAUGAAUGCAAAGGUCAUCGGUGUUACGACGGGGCUACGUGUAUUGACGGCAUCGGGUACUACACUUGUCUUUGUCCUCCAGGUCGCACAGGCGUGGUGUGCAACGCGGAGAUCAACGAGUGUGUCAGCGCGCCCUGCAGCAAUGGCGGCACGUGCCGGGACCUGGCUGACGGCUUCUCCUGCACGUGUCCUCCAGGGUGGACAGGCCAUCGCUGCGACACCCCCGUACUCACAUGCAGGCCGGACUUCUGCUACAACGGGGGCGUGUGUUACGAAGCGAGCGGAACUGCCGCCUGCUCCUGUCCGUGGGGAUGGACGGGACUUCACUGCGAGAUCAGAGGACUGGGAUGCAGCAGCUCUCCUUGUCAGAACAACGCCACGUGUAGCGACAUGAUUAAUGGCUAUGUCUGCACUUGCCAGGACGGAUUUUCGGGAGAACACUGUGAAAUUAAAACAAACGAAUGUGAGAGUAGCCCGUGCCUGAAUGGAGGUCUUUGCCUAGACGAACAUCUUGGUUUCACCUGUAUAUGUCAGGCAGGAUUUACUGGCUCCCGGUGCGAGGAUACAGUUGAUCCUUGUACGAGCGCUCCUUGUUUCAACGGUGGAACCUGUCUACCCGACCCUGGGGAUGGCGACUUCUGGUGUCAGUGUCCCCCGGGGUAUGUCGGCCCCGCGUGCCAACACGCCGACCCCUGCUGGCCAAAUCCAUGCCAGAACGGCGGACUUUGUGCAAGUUUUGAUAACACCUACAAGUGCGUCUGCCUGCCAGACUACGAGGGUGUUCACUGUGAGGCUAACAAAGACGACUGCGCCUCCAACCCCUGUCAAAAUGGAGGAAGCUGUGUGGACGCAAUCAACAGCUACUCUUGUCAAUGUGUCAGUGGAUUUUCAGGAAUGAACUGCGAAAACAUUUCGGAUCCAUGCCUGGGAAAUCCGUGCCAAAACGGGGGAACGUGCAUCGCUGACGUCACACAGUAUUCUUGCGAAUGCGAAGACGGUUUUUCAGGACCUGACUGCACCUUGGGCACAACAUUUGAUCCGUGCCGCAGCAGACCCUGUUUCAACAGCGGAAUUUGUGUCGUCGGGGUCACGGGCACGUCAUUUUACUGCCAUUGCCUUGCUGGCUUCAGUGGAACCCUCUGUAGGGAGAGGCUUGCGUUAGACCCUUGUCUCUCCAACCCUUGUCAGAACGAAGGGAGCUGUGAAGCAGAUGGUAAAGAAGGAUUUGUAUGCCACUGUCUGGAAGGAUUUGGGGGAACAACUUGUGAACAAGUCGUGGAGGAGACAGUGGAUCCGUGCAGUCCCAAUCCUUGUCAGAACGAAGGCAGUUGUGAACUUAAACACGGAGAAGAGUUUGUUUGUCAUUGCCCUAAUGGCUUCGCUGGUAAAAUGUGUGAGAUACACACAAGCAUCUCCACAGCGUGUGACCACAAUCCGUGCAAAAACUCGGCCACGUGUGUUCCUCUUGCAGAAGGGUUCAGCUGCACCUGUCCACAGGGAUUGACAGGAAAGCUGUGCGAAGAACAGGAAUUAAAGAUAGUAGAUCCCUGUGAGCCAAACCCUUGCCUCAAUAAUGGUGUUUGUACAUACGUAAAUGGCAACUUCACAUGCGUGUGCUGGGAUGAAUUUGCAGGACCCCGCUGCGAAGCACCAGUAGAGUCCACGGAGAGUAGCCAGACGAUGUCCACAGAAAGCUCGACAUUGGAACCAGCGGCGCCAUCUUUCACUUCUCCCCAGUCGGACCCGUCAUCCUCGAGGACAACUCCAUCCAGCGCUGUCUCCACGAAGACAAAAUGGAGCUGGAAAAUGUGCGAAACUGAUAUCAACCUGCAACCCGCCAGCACCAGCAGCAGCACCACAAGGGAGGUAACACAUACGUCCUCCGAAACAUCGCCAGCCGCUUCCGUUGUAGAAGAUUCAACUUCGAAAGCGAUCAUCCUUACCUUCAUCGUACCCAACGUCACUUCCACAAGCCCGACACCAGACAGCACAAGAGAAACAAGAGAUUCAGCGCCACCUAUCGCCAGCCAAAGCACCAGGAGCACGCGGAGUGAUUCCUCAGGCCUGACAACAACCGCGACAUUCCACCCAAACACGUCAGACACCGACAUGCCUGAUACUACUCACGAGGCCCUCUCAAGUGACACAGCAAGCGAGGGUCAAGGGACACUGUCACCUCAGUUCGGUGAUGUGUCGGACCUCCCUUCUGAAGUCACGUCUUCCAGUGACGUCACAGAUUCGACCAGAGAAGGAAGUGGCGAGCUGGCAUUGGAUGUGACAACAGACGACAGUAGUGCAACAACUUACACUAAAAUAGAUGUCACCACCUUGCUUCCUGUCACAGCGACUGACGUCACGUACUUUGGUGAGGUGUCUCGUACAGCAGAGGGCAGGUUCACGGCAGAUACAACGUCUUCUCAGGAUCAUCUGGAAACAGGGUCGGCAGCAUCGACAUCGACUGUCCAGAUGCCAGAGACAACCACCGAUGUUUCACGUACGUCCUCCGGUGACAUCACAGACAUAACCAUCGAAGAAAGUGCAGUGACAUCAUAUGUAGCCUCUGUGUCAUCAAAUGAAACAGCGGAGCAGACCACUGAGCGAACACCUCGUGACUACACUGAGGGAAGUGGCGACGUACCACCCACGUGGACAUCAUCUGGUGAAGUCGAAGAACAAACUAAAUAUUACAGCCCAACGCCACAGGAGUCCGGUGACCUGCUACAAACGACAAGCGGUGACCUUUCACCUAUGCCGACUGCGUCUGGUGAUCUUCCAACUUCAACAAUAGCUUCCGAUGACGGGCAAGAAACAACAAGUGGCAAAGAAUCGUCCGCAGCAACAUCAUCAGGGCGGCGACAAACUGAUCGCAACAUCCUCGGGGAAGGCGCAGAACUACAUGACAAGAUGACUACACAGGAAGCUCCGCUGGGGAGUGGCGACGUCAUUCAAACAACGGCAUCGGGAGAACAUUCAACGGAAGACAUGUCUUCUUCUGGCUUCCUUCAUUUCGGAAGCGGUGACAUGUCUCUUGGAGAAAUGACAGACAUAUCAGGUGACGCAGUAACGGAAGUCUUCUCUGGUGAAAUGGCGUGUCCGUCGGGUGACGAUUCGAUCACGACGACAUCUAGCGCCACUACGACGUCAUCUGGCGACACAAUGACGUCAUCUGGUGACACUAUGACGUCAUCUGGAGACACGACGACGUCAUCUGGCGACACCGUGACGUCAUCUGGAGACACGACGACGUCAUCUGGCGACACCGUGACGUCAUCUGGCGACGCAAUGACGUCAUCUAGCGCCACUACGACGUCAUCUGGCGACACAAUGACGUCAUCGGGUGACACCGUGACGUCAUCUGGAGCCACACACAUUGACGACAGCAGCGCAUUCAGCGGUGAGGAAAGUGUGGUAAGCGAUAGGCAGACUACCACAUCAGGGGAUUUGCCAACAGCCACCACCGCUGAAACAAUUACAAGUUUCGCUGCAUCUGGUGACAUCACAGAGCCGUCGAGUGGAGACCUCAAACCCUUUACUGGUGACAUGACAGAGCAGUGGAGUGGCGAUCAUGCCUCCGGUGAGAGAAGCGAAACAGCAAGUCAAGAAGUGUCACUCACGUCACCGCCAAGCAAAAAUGUCACCAUUAUUUUCAAGCCAGUGACGUCAGAGAAGGAGACAACAACAGACUCUGAUUCCGUCACUGAAAGCGGAGACAGGGCGGUCCCAUCCAGCGGUCAUUCUGAAGUAGGAGGAGACAGUCUGGUGCCAGUGACGUUAGAUAGGACAGCUGACACGUCUAGUGGUGAUCACACAAUAGUGCCAACAUCUGCAGACACAGUCAGCAGUGGUGACAAAGAUGAAACUUCUUCCGAUGAGACAACUCCACAAACAUCUGGCAGUGGUGACAAAGAUGAAACUUCUUCCGGUGAGACAACUCCACAAACAUCUGGCAGUGGUGACAAGCUUGACACACCUGUGACUGAUAAGACCAUGCUGCAAACGCUCGAGAACGAGCUGACUAGUGGCGAGCAAACGUCAGGUAGCAUGGUGGGCAGUGGCGAUCCCACUAGUGGAGACGUGCUGAGCAGUGGUGAUCAUACGACAGGUGACAUGGUGACCAGUGGUGAUAACUCGACUGCAGUGGUUCUGAGCAGUGGUGAUCAAAUGUCAGGUGACAUGGGGAGCAGUGGAGAUCAGACGUCUACAGUGGUAUCGCCUGGUGGUACCACUGACAGCAGCGCCAGUGACAUGACAGCACAAGAAAUGACAUCGGGCAUAACAUCAAGUGGCGAUGUCGGUGAACUGGGCUCUUCUGGAGACACGACAAGUGGAGAAAAACAAACAACGACAGCCACGUCAGCCCUCGAGGGAGAGGAAGAUGACGGCUCCGCACUAGUUACCACUGAGGUCCUGACGACUUCGGCGAGGCAGAUGGUGACGACUUUAUCCGAUACAGACAGUGCAUCCGACAGUGGUUCUUCGACAUCGUCAACUGAAAUGGAGUCUGGUGAUGACCAUUUGAUGACAACUGCAAACAUCCUGACUGAAACUACUUUUUUCUCGGGUCACUCAGGAGACAGCGACACUGAACGUUCACACGUUUCCUAUUCUGGAGAAGUGACUAAAUCUCUCGAUUCGUCUGCUGAUAAUGUUUCGUCCGGACUUUACUCUGGAGAUACGAUACUCAGUGGGGAGAGGACUUCCGGCGAAGGUUCUGAGGCUUCUGAAUUAUUUACUUCCAAAUCUACAUAUUCGAGUGGCGACAGUACUUCGUUGAUUACUUCAUCAGGAGAGUUCGCAGCUUCGGGCACUGGAAGUGGCAGUUCAGGAGAACAGGUGGAGACUUCGUCAGGAGCCAUUGUAACGCCACUUGCUUCACAGUUUUCUACAGUGCAUUUGGAAACAUCAAAGCCUCCAACAGACACUGGGGACAUUUUCUCAUCAAGUGGGACAACUUCAUCCGGAGACAUAUCAGUGUCAGAGUCAAGUGGUGACACGCAAUCAGGAGACAAAUCAGUGUCAGAGUCAAGUGGUGACACGCAAUCAGGAGACAAAUCAGUGUCAGAGUCAAGUGGUGACACACAAUCAGGAGACACAUCAGUGUCAGAGUCAAGUGGUGACACACAAUCAGGAGACACAUCAGUGUCAGAGUCAAGUGGUGACACACAAUCAGGAGACACAUCAGUGUCAGAGUCAAGUGGUGACACACAAUCAGGAGACACAUUAGUGUCAAAGUCAAGUGGUGACACGCAAUCAGGAGACACAUCAGUGUCAGAGUCAAGUGGUGACACACAAUCAGGAGACACAUCAGUGUCAGAGUCAAGUGGUGACAUGCAAUCAGGAGACACAUCAGUUUCACAGCCAAGUGGUGACGUGCAAUCAGGAGACACAUCAGAGUCAAGUGGUGACACGCAAUCAGGAGAUAAAUCAACGCUAACACUAAGCAGUGACACAGAAGUAGGAUACACGUCAGUGUCAACAUUGAGAAGUGACAGACACUCAUCAGUUUCAGAGUCAAGUGGUGACAUACAAUCAGGAUCAGAGCCGAGUGACGUCGCACGAAAAGGAACCACGUCAGCUUCAGAGUCUAGUGGUGAUAUUCAGUCAGGAGAAACAACAAUGUCAACAUUAAGUAGUGUCACAAAACUGAGAGGCACAAUGGAGUCACAGUCAAGUGGUGACACACAAUCAGGUGACAUGUCCGUUUCACAGUCAAGUGGGGACACACAAUCAGGAGACACAGCAAUGCAAACGCUAAGCCGUGACACAGAAGUAGAAUACACGUCAAUGUCAACUUUAAGCAGCUACACACAAUCGAUAUACACUUCAGUUUUAGAGUCAAGUGGUGACGCACAGUCAGGAGAGAAAACGGUGACAAAAGUAAAGAGUGACUUGCAAUCAGGAGACAUGCCAGUAUCAGAAUUGAGUGGUGAAAUGCAGUCAGGAGACACAACAAUGCCACCGUGGAGUGGUGACACACCAGCUUCAAUGUCGAGUGGUGACACACAGUCAGGAGACACAACAAUGCCACCGUGGAGUGGUGACACACAGUCAGGAGAAACAUCAGUUUCAAUGUCGAGUGGUGACACACAGUCAGGGGAUGUAAUGUCCCAGACAGGAUCAGCGUAUUCUGAAGAGACAACAGACUCAUCGGAAGAUAAAAGGGUUUCCAAUGAUACGACAUCUUCUGGAGACGCCACGCUAGAGACAUCCUCAUAUUCAGGUGAUUUCACAGCUAUCACGGAAAAGUCGACCGAUGAUUUGACAGUUACAAGACGCACAACUGUCUACCUUGACACAACAGAGUUUCCCACGAAGCAUACGACUCCUCCCAGUGGAUCUGGGGACAUCUCAUCAGGCGACAUGGCGACUCGGCAAACGAUAAGUGCAGAAUCAGGAGACGCCACGUCUGGAGAAUAUUCAGGAGAUACAUCAAGAAUGCCGUCAGGUGACAUCAUCACAGAUGAAUACUCAGGGAAGACAUCAGGAAUGUCAUCGGGUGACGUCACAGCAGAAGAGACAUCAGGAAUUCCAUCAGACACAUUAUAUGAAGCAGGAAAUGACACAACAGUUUCAGGUACAAGUACAACCACCUCAAAGACAAAACACUUUCCAGUAUCCCAGGAAUAUGAGACCAGCGCUUCGGGACACGUCAGCCUUCUGACCACAGAGCCUUUGACCUCCAGAGAUCAAGACUCAUAUGUGGACACUACUGUCUCUGGGGAAAAGGAAUCGUAUUCUGGCGACAUAAGAGAGACAUCUUAUUCAGGAGAAGGGGACUAUACGGGAGACAUUCUUGAGCCUACGGCGUCAGGUGAAGAAAUGUCGACACACACAACGGCAAGUGGGGAAACAGAGACAUCGACAGCGUCAGGUGAAGAAAUGACACACACAACUGCAACCAUUUCUUCCGGAAGUGGGGAAACAGAGACAUCGACAGCGUCAGGUGAAGAAAUGUCGACACACACAACGGCAACCAUUUCUUCCGGAAGUGGGGAAACAGAGACAUCGCUCAAGGAAACGUCCUCGCUCUUUCAACGACAUUUGGAUAAUGUAACCGAAGAAUUGAGUUCUGGUGAGUGGACUACUGAGUCUGUAAAUGCUUCACAAUUUACCCCCACGAUGGAAAAGGUGUCUUCCUCACAAGGCAUGUUUACUUUCGAUGACACACUUCAGUCAGGGUCAGGAGAUGUCACAGGCGUAAAUAAGACUGUUUCUGCUGACACGACAACUGACGAGGCAUCUGGAGAGAGUACACUAAUCGAAAGUAGACUUACAUUAACAACUACUCAGGUUUCGGGGACUGUUACAGACUUUGUGUCAUCCGAGAAUGUGACCACGAUGUCAGAAGAUACGUCACUCGAACACGUUACAGAAAAGAAGACCACAAGCGAUUAUGAGGAAAGUGGAUCAGGAAUUAUUUCUGGGGACGGGGAGAUCUCAAGUCGCCAACCUGAAUCAGAAGACACAACGGCCAUCACCUCAUCAGAUGUGCCUCACGUUAAGGAAAUGAGUUCUUUCCCAGCAGAAGUAACUCUUUUGCAACAGAGUACGGAAACGCAAGAUGUGAAUCGCACCGAUUCUGCAAUAACAUCUGAAUCAGCAGUCGAGGAGACAGCUUCUGGGGACGAGCAGCUGAGAACUUUAGAAAGCUCUACGUCCACACAACCUGUUUCAGAAUCGACUUUGUUGGAAACUACCGCAUGGCGACCCGAGGAAACAGAAUCUGAUGAGACUGUCGAAGACACGAGUGGCGAGGUCACAUCCAAAGCUCCGCACUAUGUUGAAACCACCGCGCCUGAAAGCGAGGAGAUAAAUGACACUUUCUCUGGAGAGGACGGGUUCGAUGUUACAACCAUUGGUAACAUCUCAGUUACCACGGAAACAAGUGUCUCUCGCUUCAGCCAGAACGUAACAUCCACUUUGAAGCUGGAACCGACAACCGUCAGUGAAGAAGCCACAAAGGCUGAUGACAGUGAUGGAGAAGUAUCUCACAUCAGAUACUUGGUAGACACUACGCUGACGAGCAACGGAAGCUCUGUUCCCGAGAGGACUUUGACUCAGACUGACGUUACCAGCACCCCCGAGGCAACAGUCACCCACAUCACGUCAGGUGACACAGCUGCUCCGUUCAGUAACCUGACCAUUUCGGAAACGUCACAGGAGCCUGGGUCACCAACUGACCUAACGGUAGCCUCGAUCGAAUCGUCCUCCAGUUUGAUGGACACUGUGUCGACCGCUGAUGAGGAGAGUCGGACCUCGGACUUGGGAGACACAGACGCUGGGUACAGAGAAACAACGCAGGCAUAUACCCCUUCCAGCACCCCGGCGUCCACUGUCACGACUAAAUCAAGCCACGGCAGUCCUGUAUCCACCACGAUGAGUCAAAGUACAGUAAGAAGUAAAGACCUUGUCGACAGCGCCUCUACAAGCCCCAGCAAGCCCACGGAGCAGGUCACAAAAAUGACAUACCCAGUGCUUCAUUUCGGUAACGACUCUCUGGUCCUCUGGCAGACCACCAAGUCCAGGCCAGAGACAACCAAAUCGGUCAUCACAGAAACUCCGACAAGUCCUUUGACCUCUCAGGACAACAUGAUAAAAAUCGAAAGCCAGACCAGGAUGAUUUUCCUCCACACCACGACCCCGGCGCCGCCCUUCCAGCUGCCCUCCGUCACGGAUGAAAUCGUCAUUCAUCAUGAGUCCAUCGAUGUCAAGAGCAACGACACUUUGCCAAUCGCUAUCGCGCGCCGUCUGAAUGAGACGGCUGCUAACAAGACCGAUGAUAAAGACGACGAACGAGCGGCAACGACUGAUGACGGCGAUACCAGCGCAACACUGCGGACGACGGAUCAGGUCGAGGUCAGAUCCAGCCCCAGUCAGUACGACCCUGAGACCAAGCAGACCGUCCCGUUCUACGCUCGAACCAAGGAGUGGGAGAGGCGAGAGUGGGAGAAAAAUCAGCAGACCACGGGUCUGUCUGCUGGAGAUAUUACAACAUGGCAACAAACGACAGAAGGAUUUACCGAAGAGAUAGGGACCGCAUCGGAAUCAGUUCGUGAGGUGUUCAGUACAACAGAAAGACCUCGUGAAGGCCUUCACACUACACAGGAAGGUGAUGACGACCUUGAGACUUCAGAGUUGACUACAGAACAGACAUUUACAGAUGCUACUUUAGUUGAGGAGGAUCCCCAAUCCCUUUCUGACAAAGAGAAAUCAGCCUCCAGAGCCCCCGUCACUUUGUCUGUAGCCACAACGAUAUCUUUACCAUCCGAAACAACUGCAAACAAAUCUGUCCCUGAUGAUGAAAGCAACAAAACAAGUUCGAAUGACCCCAGUCUGUUACAGGCUCACCAACAACCGGUUCUCUUGGGUCACAAGUGGAAUCUCUUCUGACGUGGUUGUAUGAAAAACUGUCCAACACGACUCAGUCCGACAGGACUUUCACACAGGAAACAACCACGGAGGAGGCAAGAGGCGGUGAGACCACAGAGCAAACGUUUACAAAAGCCACGCAGAUAAAAUCAUCGGAUAAUUC